AUCUCCCUCUAUCUCUUUCUCAUAAACCCUAAAAUUUUGUUUUUACCAACUCAAUUUCUAAGUAUAACCCAUAUUCUCUUCGAUUAAAAAAAACAACCCGAAAUUAAAUUAAAAAUCAAACGCAAGAACCCAAUUCCUCAUAUCGAUUCAGAAUGGAAGGCUAAGAAUCAUUGUGGUUGAACAUUGCACGUGGUUGAGGGAUAUCGGCUGAAUUUGGUUGGAUUUUCAAAAAGGUGUGACACACAGCAUGUGGAACCCUUCAGAGUUCCUUGACAAUUGCUAUGUGAAAGAGAACUCUAAUGGUGGUGAGUGGUUUCGCUCUUUUUUAUCUGAACUAUCUACAGGACCAAGCCGAGAACCAAUUUUAUCCAGUGGGGUUUCAGAAGAUGCAUUCUCAGACAGUUUAGUACUUUUGGAAGCCAAAACAAGCCAUGAUGAUGAUACUGGAGUGACAGAAAUUUGUGGAGAGAGGGAGGUUACUUCGUCCAACAAUGAUAUAAAUCUAGAACCCUAUAUAGGUAAGGAAUUCAAAUCUGAGCAAGAUGCUAAGGCAUUUUAUAAUGGUUAUGCUAGGCAUAUGGGCUUUAGUAUUCGUAAGGGCCCUCUAUAUCGUUCUUCACGAGACAGAGCUAUUACAUCACGGAUAUUUGUAUGCUCAAAAGAGGGUUUCAGACGUGAGACAUCAGAUGUGAAUGACAAAGGGAAUGUGAAGCGUAGGAUGGCGGUCACAAGGGUAGGCUGUAAAGCACAAUUGUGGGUCAAGAAGCAAGCUUCUGGGGUGUGGGUGGUGAAACAUUUUCAGCGAGAUCAUAACCAUGAAUUGGCUCCAAUGAAACCACAUCUUCUUCGGUCGCAUAAAAAUAUGCUAGAGAAUGUAAAAGACUACGUGGAGACUCUAAAGGGCGUAGGAGUAGACACCAGUAAGAUCCAAAGUUUAUUUGUCGAAGAAGCUCGUGCAAUAGGCAAAAUUGGUGAAACCGAGAAAGAUACAGAAAGUGAAGACAAGAAGAAGAUUCACGAACUGACUGUCGAGCUUCAUCGAGAGAGACGAAGAUCAGCAGCAUAUCGAGAACAACUGACUAUGGUUUUGAAAGAGGUGGAAGACCAUGCAAAUUACUUGUCAACUAAAGUAGAGGACAUAGUCGAAAAUUUGAAAGAAGUUGAAUCAAGAGGGGCCAAAGAUUUGACCUAACAGACAUUCAUUGAAGCAUGGCAACACUGCAGAACCUACUGCAUUCGUCUGAAUCUUGUAACCCUCUCCUGAAGAUAUAGCCAGUUGGAGUAGGGAGGAAGAAUCAUCUAGUUAAUGCCUCUCUGGGAGGCGACUUACUGGAGUUUUAAGUUUGUUUUCAGGAAUUUUAUGUGGCCAGAGCUUUAUUGGUUUGUUAUAGUUGCUGAAGAGAGAAUACAGAAUUUGAAUGUUAUUAGAGUUUGAUGGUGGAUUCUGAGAAGCCAGAAAAUUUCAUUUGUGGAUUAGGGAACACAGAAAGAUCAUCAGUCAUGUGGUUUGGAGCUUCUUCUGGUGUUGCAAAGUCAGUUACAAGAAAUUCAACUCAGGUGAAAUGUUGAGCGUAUUUCAUUUGAAACAAGGUAGUUUCAAGUGCCUCAUUAAGAACCACAGUGGUCAUUCUAAUUUUGAGGAGUGCAUUAAGCUUCUGGUUCUGUCCGUUGGAAAGGUUUUUUGCAAUCUAGGUGAAGAGCUUAGAAAGCUCAGGAAAUGAAGUUGCAAUGUGCAGGGUGGGUCAGCUAUUCACGGUCCUGUACGAUCUAAUCCAGCUAGAAUUUAAGUGGUCUCCAAAUGCAGAGUUUGUAUGGUGCCAAGUAGAGCCAAUUUGAGUGCAACUAGACUUUGAACUGGAAUAAGGCAACUAGCCAGCAGAAGCAACAUGUGCCGUGCAGCAUCUCCUGCUACUGCAGUUUCUGUGCUGCAAUCCAGAUGAAAGGUCAGAUCUAACUUCUGAAAUGUAAUUUAGCCUGAAACAAGAAGCAUAUGUCCUUGCUCAGGGAACUUGUGACUGUUACCAUCAGGUGAAAAGUAAUCAAACAUUCCAAGUUUCUUACUAUAAAAAAGCCUGCAAAAUGCAAUAUAUUCUUUUUCUUUGAA